AUGGUGUGCCAUGGUUUUAUAGACAAACCAAAACAGAGAUCUCAUGGACGUCAUAAACAUGGAAGGAGGAACCUGCAUCAACGUCAACAAUCAACAUGUUCGGCAGCAGCAGCUGGCUCCAUCUUGAGAUCCCUCAACAUGUCAAUCUUCACAUUCCACAACCGCCUCUUGCGUUGCGUCUCCAGGCUUUUCCGUCUAUCCACCAAAACUAGCUCAACUCCUAGCCACCGAGCCACCAUGAAACAAGGCUACAAAAAGAUCAAGAAACACGAGCAUCAUCAUCAUCAUCACCAGCUUCCUCUGAGGAAACGUCAUGACAAGAAGAAAAGGACGAUCUUUCUUGAUCUCGAUGAGACAUUGGUGCACUCGUCGAUGGAACCACCUCUCCGGGUUAAUGUCGACUUCAUGGUGAGAACAAAGAUCGAAGGAGUUGUUACACCGAUGUUUGUCGUGAAACGACCAGGAGUUAACGAGUUUCUUGAAAGGAUCGGUAAAGAUUACCGAGUGGCGGUUUUCACAGCUGGUUUGCCUGAUUAUGCUUCACAGGUUUUGGAUAAACUUGACAAGAACCGUGUGAUCUCACAGCGGCUGUAUAGAGAUUCAUGCACAGAAGUGAAUGGGAGAUAUGUCAAAGACUUAUCACUGGUGGCGAGGAGAGACCUCGGGAGCGUUUUGCUAGUUGAUGAUAACCCUUUCUCGUACUCGUUGCAGCCUGAUAAUGGUGUUCAUAUUAGGCCUUUUGUGGAUGACAUGGAAGAUCAAGAACUGAUGAAGCUUGCUGACUUCUUCGAUGGAUGUUAUCAGUACGAAGAUUUAAGGGAUGCAGCAGCAGAACUUCUAUACAAGUACAACAAAAUGAUUUGA